AUGCGCAAAUUUUGGAAUGGGCUCUUGAUGGUGCUGAUGCUGGCAGAUGUUGUGCUGUCGGCGUUAGCGAAGAAAGAAGGGAAAGGACGGAAAGGUAAAGCAGAGAAUCAGCAGGCGCAGCCGCAGCGCAACUCCACGUCCUUCAGUAUCCCCCUCGACCCCAUCCUGACCGGAGACCACACAUCAGAGGCAGGGGAACACGAGGUGGAUUUCGAUAAGGCCAUAGAUGACAUGGUGUCCCAGGUGAGGAACAAUCCAGCUCUGUCCAAAAGCAAGUGCGUGGUGGACCGACACCUUUGGAUGUCCAACACCCGGAGCCUUUCUCCGUGGUCAUACAGAAUCAAUCAUGACGAGAACCGUAGGCCUGUAGACAUCCCAGAGGCCAAGUGUGCAUGUGCGGGCUGCAUAAAUCCAUUCACGAUGCAGGAGGACCGCUCCAUGACCAGUGUGCUCAUCUAUGCCAAGAUUCCCGUCAGGCGACUCCUAUGCUCACGCAAGAAGAAGAAGAAGAAUAAUUGUGUGCCCCGUUAUCGGACAGUGGUGGAGAGCAUUGCUGUGGGAUGUACGUGCAUAGCUGGCUAA